UAACUAAAUCAAAAUGGAUACAGUUUAUGGUACAAAAAAAUAUUUUCAAAGUUUAUCAGGUGCCAGUGAUAUUUAUCGAAGUCCAGCUUGUCGAGCCGUGUCCAAUGAUUACACCUAUCAAAACACUUUGGGCAGACGCUCGACCUUGGGUGCCUACUAUCACAUGAACAAUCAGCCCUCCUACAGCAAUGAUCACAGUAUAAACAAUCAAUAUGGUUACAAUACCUGGGGCAUAUGGCGAGAUGGUCGCAAUUUGGCGCCCUCUACCUUCUCGGCCAAGCCACAUGCCCACUAUCAAAAGACCCGUUCAUUCUCUAUUAUUCUAACCACGGCUGCUUUUAUAGUAUUACUGGCGGUUAUAUCCAUAGCGGGUUUGGCUUUCUAUUUUAGUUCCAUUAAAGGCAAUAUGGAAGAUCCUGUUUUGGGUUUUGAGGGUUCUUUUCGCAUUGCCAAAGGCGAUCUAUUCUCCACGGGCUUAAAAUAUAAUCAUACCACCUCCUACAAGCAAAAAAUAGAGUUCUAUAAACGUUUUGUGGAAAGAGCUUUAACGGAUCAGGGUUUACAGCCAUUGCGCUCUGAUGUCUGGGGCUUUGGUGAGGGUCCUUUGAUUAAGGUUAAUUUUAGAACAUUUUUUGAUGUGCGAAAAUUGCCACAAAACAUCCACAAUGUCGAGGAGUUUAUAAAGGAAGCAAUUUUCCUGGAAACCACCGCUGUCAAGUCUUUAUAUAGAUCUUUGCGCAUAGAUGCCGAUUCAGUGGAAAUUAAACGUAUUUUGGAUGAACAAGUUGUUAAAUCAGCCUCUCUGUUUAAAGAUGCACAUACGGUGCCCACCAGUCAAACUCAACUGGAGAAGCGCUUAAUGAAAAAGACCGGCAAUCCUCCAGCGCUUAUCAACAAACCUUCCUCAUCCAGCCCCAGCAAAGGACGAGCUCCCUCCAAGACCCACUCAGCCGAUGAUGAGCCAGAUGUAGAUGUGGAAAAUGCUCCAGUUAUACAGGGAUCCUUUGAAGGAUCAUUUGAAAUAACCAAAACAGAUGCGGAUAUAGCAUUGAAAAAGACCACACCAACUAGAGGUCAUACCAUGGGUACCUUGGCACCUAAGUCGGUGACACCAUAUGCUCUCAGAGUUAAGCCCAAGAAACCGGGUAUUGAGAAAUUAACUACGGUGGUGCCGCAACAACAAACUGUAACCAGUACUAGGGCCACCACAACAACACCCACCACAACUACUACAACAACAACAACCACCACAACGACCACACCAAAACCCACCACGACCACCAGAAGAACUACUACAACGACCACGACAACUCCUAGGCCAACUACCACCAGCACCACAACAACCACUACAACGCCUGCAACCACCACCUCAACAAGUACUUCCACAACAACAACUACCACCACACCAAGGCCAACCACCAGCACCACUUUAGCCACUACUACUACUGUCAGCCCUCCUUCCCUACCAACUUUAGUCCACCUGAAUCAUCAAAACUAUCCAGUUUAUACAUCGUCCUCUUCCCCCUCGCAUUCUUUGCCUAAACUAGAUCAAAGUCUUUUCACUUCAGUGCCUGUAUUAGACACCCAACCCUGGCGUCCCAUACAUCGGGAGGUACCAGAAUUUUUAGCCGGUCCACCACCCUCCUUCCCCACCAAAACUCUGCCCACCUUGCAAAUGCCCACCAUGUCCACCUCAUUGCCUUUAAUGCCGCCAGUCGGGCCAGUCCUCAAAGAGGAGCCCCCACGUCGACGCAUUGAUGAAAUAGAACUACCCUUUUUGCCCGAGGAACCUAGACCUCCUAUGCCUAUUUUGGAUACGUUUAACAGCGGCAAACCAGUAAUGGAUAAUUAUAAACCUAAUUUCUAUGGUCCCGGCUUUAGGAAACCCGAUGCCUCCAUGGAAAUGCAAAAUUCACAAGAACUAAUGUUCUAUCACAGUUUUGGCAAUCCGGUGUUUAUGCCCGGCUCAGAGGGCAUUGAGCGUUUGGGAGCAGGAGCCUCUGUGCAACCACAUCCUUUGCCAGUGCCUCUAAUCGAUGAUGUGGUGAUACCUCCCUUUAAGCCCUUGAAUGCUGGUUUAGCGAACAAGGAACAUGUACAAUUUAAUAUGGCUGCCAACAGUGAGAAAUUUGAGCAUUUGGGUGAUGGUGUCAUAGCCAAGAAACAGGAAAAUAGCACAGUGGUAACAGAGACUCCAAUAAACAUUUUGGAAAGUAGCAACAAGGAAGAAUUGUUAGAUUUAAAUAAAGAAACGAAUAAUGAAUCAACCACUACUUUAAGACCCAAAGAUGAUUUAAUAGAUUCAUCUUCGGCUACUUCAGAACUGGCUGAUAAAAUUGGAGAAUUCUUUAUGGAUCUUUGGGAUUUACCCAAAGAUGAGGUGGCUAAAAACAAACAACAGCCUUUAGAAUCUAGAAUAGAAGCAGAGGAGGAGGCCAAUUCAAGUUCAAGCUCCUCUACCUCAGCCACCACCAGCAAACCCAACUUUUUAAAUCUUAAAGAGUUAAUCUUGCAAAGAAACCAAUUGAACAAUCAAAAUCUCAAGAAAUCUAGCAGUGAGAUGUAUCGCAAUACUUCCAGGGCAACCAGUACAUCUACUUCUACUACGACAACAACCACCACUCCUAGGAGUACUGUCAAAAUUACUUACAAACCAUCUACAACUACCACUAAACGCUAUAGAAUUAAACCCUCCCAGAGUAAACCUCCCACAAUGAUGGAUGACUCCAAUCUCUUUCCUUCACACUCCAAAUGGGGCUUUGUAAAUAAUUCGGCCGGAUCUCAAGUUGGUCAUACCGGUAAUAUGCGCAAAGUUUUCAAUACCACUUUACAGGCCUGGGUCUCAGAGGAUGUGGAAAAAACGGAGAAUUUCACUUUAAAUGAUUUAAAGACAAAAAUCAAUAAUGCCACCAAUAUACAAGAUAUUUCGCUAAUCUUUGAUACUUUGGCCUCCAAACUGGGCAUAACACCCAGUGCAGGCACUAAAGUGCCACCAUUUUCAUACAAUAAAUUGAAACAGUCACAGAAUAAUGAAUUUAGAGCAAAACCCACACCCUCUACCACUCCUACACCUUAUGGAGAUUUGGUUUUCGAGAGAAGAGAACCUUUUAUUAAGCCCAUGUCUAGUUUUAUUGAUGACUCCUCGGCUGAGGGUGUGGGAGCCGCCAUUCCCGUAGUGGGAGAGGCCGAGGUGGAGGUUAUAGAUCCCACCAAAUAUGAAGAAAUGCUUAGAUCUUCACAAUUUGCAGACUCCACCACCACAGAAACUACCCCCAAAUUGGUAACUCUUUUGCCCGUGAGAUCUAAUUCUGGCAUUAGGACUUACAAGCCAUUUACCGAAUCUGCCAGAAGCAAUUCAGAUACUGUUAGUACUACUUCAUCGGUUUCUUCUUCCACUUCAUCCUCAUCCCCAGCCUCUGAAGUUGCACCUUCACCAGCUGUAUCUGUUUCCGUGAAAUCUUCAUCAUCCUCCUCCACAUCGACAGCAGCGAGAAAAAAGUCGGGUGUGGUGGUGGGUAAAACGAAUUCUACUUCCUCUAGAGCGGGCAUCACACGAAGAAAGAAUGCCAAUCAAAGUAGAAGAUUUCCUCCACCGGAGGCGGUUAUAAGGGGAGGUCUGAAAGUAACGGUUAAGUAAAG